GUCAGAAAAUGACAAAGCAGAUGCACUAGUUAAUUUAGCUGUGUCUCUAACUCUUCCAGAGCAAAGGGACAUCCAAGUCACAGUUGGGGAACAUCAUUUACUACCUCCAGUGCUUGACCGUAUGGAAGCUACAGAAAGCACAAAUGUAGUAACAAUUUGUGAAAUUGAAAAAGAUCUAGAUUGGCAGCAACCUUUCAUUGAGUAUUUCCUACAUGGUAUGAGGAACAUCUAG